AUGUGGUAUCUAUGCGUGUUCUACCAUAGACUAAUAGAAUAUAGAAAACCCGAGUUCGAAUCUCUUGCCGGACUCUUCGGUGCAUUCGAUGGCACGACCACAGGAUCGCUGGAAUGGAGGCUUCCGGAGGACCACCACCCCGAUUCACCUUUCCAUUUCGUCAAUAUUCCUUCUGAAGAAAUUGCUCGAAACAUCGCCGGUCGAAGUAUUCUUGUGAAGGGAAUAUAUGAACUCUGGGGGAAAGGACAAACUUUUGAGGAAUUGGAAGAAGCUAUCAAUAGUUAUCCAGAUGAACGGAUGUUGCCAUUCUUAACACCUGACGGUACUUUUAAGAUUACUGUUGAAAGCUUUGGGAAGGUGAUCAGCCUUCAGGAGCAAAAUAAUCUCCUUCAGAAGCUAGCAUUCAUUCCUUUUAAGGGACGGGUGAAUUUGAAAAAACCUGAACACAAGUUCGUUCUUAUGGAUAAUGAUGAUUAUGGAUCUGAGAAUGGGCUUCCUCCCAUCGUGCAUAGGAGGAUCUUUUUUGGUCGGGAGAUUGGAACUGCUAAUAGGAAGAUCUUGCAAACCUAUCAAUUAAAAAGCCGCAAAUAUCUUGGCCCAACAGCAAUGGACGCAGAAAUGGCUUUCUUAAUGGCGAAUCAAGCACAAGUCAGAACUGGCAAAUUGGUCUAUGACCCUUUUGUUGGCACUGGAAGCAUUCUGAUUGCGGCAGCUCAUUUUGGAGCGAUGACAAUGGGUGCAGAUAUUAUGUUAAACCAUUUAUCAUAA